AUGCUUCCGGCCCAAGAGGCUGCUAAGAUCUAUCACACUAAUUAUGUGAGAAAUUCCAGAGCAAUUGGUGUUCUUUGGGCGAUUUUCACCAUUUGCUUUGCCAUUAUAACUGUGGUCAUUUUUAUCCAACCCUACUGGAUUGGGGACAGCAUCAAUACUCCCCAAGCUGGCUACUUCGGACUGUUUCAUUACUGCAUCGGGAACGGACUGACCAGGGAGUUAAUCUGCAAAGGAAGCGCCCUGGAUUUCAGCUCUAUUCCUUCAGGAGCUUUCAAAACUGCCAUGUUCUUCGUUGGCAUCUCCAUGCUUCUGAUCAUCGGCUGCCUCGUCUGCUUCAGUCUCUUUUUCUUUUGUAACUCAGCCACUGUCUAUAAAGUCUGCGCAUGGAUGCAACUUGCCUCAGCAACUGGCCUCAUAAUGGGAUGCAUGAUUUACCCUGAUGGCUGGGAUUCAGAUGCAGUCAAACAAAUGUGUGGGAACAAAACUGACAAGUACACUUUGGGAGCAUGCUCUGUUCGCUGGGCCUACAUCUUAGCCAUCAUUGGGAUCCUGGAUGCUCUCAUCCUGUCCUUCUUGGCUUUUGUGCUCGGCAACAGACAGGACAGCCUUCUUCCUGAAGACUUUAAAGUGGAAAACAAAGCUUCAGUUUAUUUUGAAGCAAUAGAUAAAUAG